CAUUAGCACUAAAUCAUCUCUUCCAUUCAUAUUGUCCGUUGUCCUGGAUAUGAUGACCACAACAAUACAGUUUCAACGUUUCUUUGAAACAAGAAAGUAAAUCGAAAAUGACGGAAUUGUUAAAUAAAUUGAAACAAACAACGGCAAGUAGAAAUGGGACGACCAAUGGUUUCUUAAAUAAUACCACGACUGUGAGUUCAUCGUUAGCAAUAUCAAAGACCCAAGUGGCAGUCGAUGUGAUAGACGAGAAAAAGGAAAUUAUAACCGUCGACGAAGAGGAGAUUGAAUUGCCCGAAUAUGAAAAAGUGAAAGUGGUUGGUCGAGGUUCGUUUGGUGUUGCAAUUUUGUACAUCAGAAAGUCGAACAAUACUCAGGUGGUUCUAAAGCAAAUCAAUUUGAUUAAUCUGACCAAAAUGGAAAAAGAGCUGGCUAUGAACGAGGUCGAAGUGUUUUCGAAACUUCAUCAUCCCAACAUUAUUUGUUAUCUAGGCAGUUUUAUUCGAGGAAAUGUCUUGUUGAUUGAAAUGGAAUACGCGAAUGGUGGGACAUUGGCCCAAAUUUUAUCUCAAAAGGAAGCCGAAAAAGAUUACAUGCCGGAACGAUACAUUCUAACCGUAUUUGAACAGAUCACCAGUGCAAUCAACUACAUGCAUCUGGAAAACAUUAUGCAUCGAGAUCUCAAAACAGCUAACGUCUUUCUAAAUUCACGGGGAACUGUUAAAAUUGGAGAUUUUGGCAUCAGCAAAAUAAUGACCACAAAAAUUCAUGCCCAGACUGUCCUGGGCACCCCCUACUAUUUUAGUCCAGAAAUGUGUGAAGGAAAAGACUAUGACAACAAGAGCGAUAUUUGGGCGCUAGGAUGCAUAUUAGGUGAAAUGUGUUGUCUUCAAAAGGCCUUCGCUGCGACCAACCUCUCGGAAUUAGUAGCUAAAAUCAUGUCGGCCCAAUAUAGUCCCCUACCGAGUGGUUAUUCCGAAGGUCUGAAAUCAAUGCUAAGUCAACUGUUAAAAGUUGAACCAAGUCAAAGGCCAUCCGCGUCUGAAGUGCUUCAGUAUUGGAUACCAUUGGUCUACAGAAACAUUGGAAAGAACAGAGGACAUGAAUUCCAAUCAAGUGAAAUGUUAUCGGAUUCAUAUCGAUCUGUUCUCACUGCUGUAGCAUCCGGUAAGGACUUCUUGAACAAACAAUAUAUGGAAGCAUCAACGGCAAGUGUUACCGAAUCGCGCAUGGAACGAUCCGUUUUAUACCAACUGAGCUCGUUCGGUACCAACACGAUUCUGAAUCCGCUCCAAUUACCGUCAAACAUAAAAAUUACCUGUGUCGCAACUAAUGGGUCACACUUUUUGGUUGUCACGACGGGUGGAUUGGUUUACUCAUGGGGCGAAGGAAAUGCAGGUCAACUGGGCUACGGGAAUGUUGGAAUUUGGAAGCACUAUCCAUCGUGUGUGGAUUCGUUGAAGAAAUACAAAAUUGUGAAUGCAUGCGCUGGUGAUGGAUUCUCAAUUUUUCUGUCUGAUCUUGGAGUAGUUUUCACUGUGGGCGACAACAGUAAAGGAUGUUUGGGUCACACUGACAUGAAAAACUAUCUUCAUUGCAGACCGCUUGAUUGUUUGAACGAAGUCAACAUAGUUUUAAUUGCAUGCGGAUCUCAUCACGUCAUAGCGGUUAGCAAUGACAAUUCAGUCUAUUCAUGGGGAACAUGCAAGUAUGGAGCACUAGGUCUUGGUAAUCAGAUAUGCAGUUCUGUUCCCACUAAAGUACAGUCUGCAUUGUUUGGAACGAAAAUUCUGAAAAUUGCAUGCGCUCAAAAUUGCACUUUACUGUUACUGGAAAAUGGCGAGGUGUUAGCUGCCGGGCGGAAUAGUGACAAUAAAUUAGGAAUUGGGGAAAGUGCUCUGAAAUCGAUAGUUUUCAGAAAGGUUACUGACAUCACCAAAAAAGUGCUUGACGUUGCAGUCUCAACCAGUCAUUCAGUAUUUCUUAUAGAAGGUGGAUAUGUUGUAACAAUCGGUAAAAACGCAAAUGGACAAAGAGGACUUGGUCACUGUAACUCAACUGAUAUACCAACACUGGUCACGGGUAUCAAAGACAAGUACAUCAAGAGAGUUCAGUGCAGUCCCACAUAUUCGGUCGUUUUUUCCGAUGACAAUGUAAUCACUCUGUGGGGCACUCGAUCAGGCAUACCCGAUAAAAAUGAGGAUGUUAGCAGAAGCGACAAUAAAAAGAACUUGGACAAGUCGGAGAAGCCGAAUAACUUUGAACUUGGUAAUAGCACAGCAGCCUUCACGAAUUUUCUGGCAUCAGUCUACAAAUCAGAAUUAAUUUUGGAUCCGAUUGAUGUCUUGGCAGUCUACUCUUCUGAAGAGCAAAUUUCGCUGGGAUAUUACAUCAACAUAGCUAAUGUUUAUCCAUUGCAUCACAGUAUUUUGGUUCUGGUUGAUACAACAACACCAUUGGCUACAAAUAGCGUGUGAAUGAUUUUUUCUGUCUUUAUGUAGCAAAAUGUCUGUCAAA